UCCUCCCUUCCCCUCCUCUCCCUCUCCCUCUUUCGCUCCCUCCUCCGCUCCUCCCCUCCAAUUUCCCCCGACGCUGUCACUCUCCUCUCCAUCCUUUCCAUAUCCGCCCGCCUCCUCCACCUCCCCUUUGGCCAAUCCACCCACCUUCUCUUCUUCAAGCUCGGCGUCCCCCACUCCCUCAAAUCCCACAACUCCCUCAUCAAUCUCUACGUCAAAUGCGGCCAAAUGCAUGACGCACGAAAAUCACUCGAUGAAAUGCCACACCCAACUGUCAUCUCAUACACCAUCUUCUUAUCCGGGUUGGCCAAAUUCGAAGGAAUUGAUAUUGCCCGUAGAAUGUUUGAUAUAAUGCCGGAAAGAAAUGAGGUUUCUUGGAUUGUGAUGGUUGUGGGUUUAAUAGAGGCUGGGAGGCCUAGAGACGCGUUUUCAAUGCUUGAGAGGAUGGUUUUUGGAGAUGGGUUUUGUUUGAGUGCAGUUAGCGUUUGCUCCGUUCUUUCUGCGUGUUCGCAGGCUGGGGAUCUUACGACGGGGAGAUGGCUUCAUGGGUAUGUUGAGAAAUUGGGUAUUUUUUAUGAGGAUGAGUUUGUUCUAGUUGGAUUGAUUGAUAUGUAUGCAAAAUGUGGGAGAAUUGGAAGUGCGAAGAUGGUGUUUGAGAGGAUGAGGGUUAGGAACUUGGUGGCUUGGAAUGCGAUUAUGAGCGGGUUAUCAAUUCAUGGAUUGGGGAAUGAGGUGCUGAGGCUUUUUGAUCAGAUGAUUGAUGAGAGAUUUGAGAGGCCGGAUCAUAUAACAUUUGUGUCUGUUUUGAGUGCUUGCAGUCGCUCGGGGCUUCUGGAACAAGGGCAAAGAUUGUUCGAUGAAAUAGAAUCGGUUUAUGGUUUGAAGCUUAGAAUUGAGCAUUAUGCUUGUAUGGUUGAUCUUUUGGGGCGAGCUGGGAAGUUGGAUGAAGCUGAAGCUUUGAUUCGAAAAAUGCCUAUGGCACCUAAUGAGGUUGUGUUGGGCUCUCUAAUGGCAUCUUGUAGCCUGCAUGGAAAACUAGAACUUGGUAAAAGGUUAAUGCAUGAGCUUAUAGAGCUCUAUCCUAAUAACACCGAGUAUCAUGUACUACUGUCAAAUCUCUAUUCAUCUCAUGGGAAGCAUGCCGAGUCUAAUGAUCUUUGGAGGGAAAUUAAGAGGAAUAAAACUAGAAAAGGGCCCGGAAUAAGUUAUAUUGAAGUUGAUGCCAAUGUUCAUCAGUUUACUGCUGGCGACAAAUCACACCCACGAGCAAAAGAGAUAUAUUCCAAAUUGGAUGAAAUUGUGCAGAGAUUGCGCUUGGCUGGGUAUUUUCCAAAUGCAGCUUCUCAGAUUUCUCGUGUUGAGGAUGGUUUUUUAGAGAAUGGAGAUGCGAGAGAGCAAAGAGAACAGGCUCUUUUGUUGCAUAGUGAAAGGCUUGCAGUCGCUUUUGGUCUUGUUUGUACUAAACCGGGUGUGCCUUUGCGUGUAUUUAAGAACCUUCGGAUAUGUUCUGACUGUCAUUUGGCUAUGAAGUUGGUUUCUGAUAUCUAUAAGCGAGAAAUUAUAAUUAGGGAUCGUAAUCGCUUUCAUUGUUUUAAGCAUGGACGAUGUUCUUGUGAUGAUUAUUGGUGAUGAGACGGAAAAAUAUGGUCUUGGUUCUCCUGAGGGAAUUUAAUUGCCAGCAACGGUGAGAAAGUCGGGGUUUCGUCAUUAGAUAAAUGGUUGAUGUGCAGACAAGAGUUAACGAGCAACCAUUAUGUGUUUUGAUUGAUAUGAGGUCUCAGGCUGAGGAUUGGAAUGUUCUUUAGGACUCCCAAGUAUUGUCCUUUAAAAUGUUAAUUCAUAUCCUUCAAUGCAAGAGGCAGCUUCUCACCUUUUGCGUGUUGUUGAUAGUUACUGGGAGAAUGGAGAUGCAAGAGGAGCUAGAGCAAGCUUUGUUGAUGAUGAUCUUCCACGGGAGGCUUGCAGAACCACAUGAUGUUUAAGGACCAUCAUAUUUUUUCUGAUUGUCUCUCAGCAAUAGAGCUGGUUUCUGGUGUUGAUUAGCGAGAAGAUCGUCGUGAGGGAUCACAAUUGCUUCCAUUGCUUUCAGCGAGAACAUUCAGACUGCCGAACAGUAAUAUUGUGGACUUUUGAGUAUAGACAAAGAUUCAUGCAUGAGGAAAUACAGACACAGAGCACAGUGUUUUCUGUUGUACAAGUUUGAAGUCAUAUGCCCAAUAUUACAAUGAGGCUGAAGAAUGCCGUUAAAAUUUGUAAUCAACUAGGUCCAAAUUUGUAAAUGCAACUGUUAGGGAGCUUAGAUUAAGCCUUUUAUGGACACAACUCCUCGUGUGUUCUAUUGCCUAAAGCAAAAAAUUGCGGCCUUUUUGCGUGACUCGUUAUAAGCUUUUUGUAUGUAAAGAAAGAAGUGAGAUAUUUAGCAAAUGCAAGGAAGCAAAUUAUC